AUGAAUAAUAAUGAAUCAAAUACAAAAAUAAAACAUCUUCAAACAAUAAUAAAUAAUAAUGAAUCAAAUUUUAAUGGUGAAGAUUCUGAAAAGACGAUCAAUCAAACAUCUAUAACUCAAAAUAAUACAAAUAAUAACAAUGAUCAAGUAAUCACAUCUCAAUAUGAUUGUACGAGUGAAUUAGCUGAAUCUGCUAAUGCAUCAUCUAAACCUACGAUAAAUGACUAUAAUAAUAAUAAUAAUAAAUCAUUAACUAAAACUAAUCGUAAAUCUCGUAAACAUGUUGUACAAGAUCAUUCUUCCAAUGGAAAUGACAAUGAAAAUAAUAGACAACGAUCAUUAUCAUCAUCAUCUUCUACUUCUUCAUCAUCAACAAGUUCAUCAAAAUCAAGUGAUAAUCAAAUAUCAAAUAUUCCUUAUGAAACAUUACAUAAUGAUGAAGAUGAUGAUAAUAAUAAUGAUAAUCUAUCUGAACAUUCAAACAAAACAAUUAAUCAAAUAUCAUCAUAA